AGUGCUCUCCCCGAGCGUGCUUACUGCCCACGAGCGCCGGAGGAGUUACACGGACAUUAGCGCGGAUUAAAAAUGCAGCAAGGUGCGCAUUCCGACGGAGGAUGAAGCACUGUGCGCGGCGGCAUCUCGAAGCUGUGGCACAGCAAGAGCGACAUCUCAGGACUGUUAGAAAGAGAGGAGAGGAGAUGAGAGGAGAGAGAAGGAGAGAGAGAUGUGUCAUCGAUCCUUUGCGCUAGUACCUCCUCCUAGUCGCGCUCGAGUGUGUGCGACCAGCUUCAGAAGAAUCGCGCUCAGGGGACCCUAUAUAAACCCCGACGCGUCUGCGUGGAUACUGGCGGUUUACGCACAGGGCUGACUCAAGUAACAGCAGCUGCUCGCACCUACAAUCAGUCCAACUGUGACAAUGUCUGGCGGAUGGGGCUACGCAGAGCACAACGGACCUGACAAAUGGUUUAGAAACUUUCCAAUUGCCAAUGGACCGCGGCAGUCCCCCAUUAACAUUGUGUCUGCCGAAGCGGCGUACGAUCAUGCGCUCCAGCCGCUCGCCCUGAUGUACGACCCUUCGACUUCCCUUGACAUCCUCAACAAUGGACAUUCCUUUCAAGUUACGUUCGCUGACGACGCGGACAGCUCAACUCUGACAGGAGGCCCUGUUUCUGGCACCUAUAGGCUGAAACAGUUCCACUUCCACUGGGGCUCCAGCGAUGACAAGGGCUCGGAGCACACCGUUGACAGCAAAAUGUUCCCUGCCGAGCUUCAUUUAGUACAUUGGAAUACUGCAUACCCCAGCUUCAGCGAAGCUGCCAGCAAGCCAGAUGGUCUGGCCGUCGUCGGAAUCUUCCUCGAGGUUGGUGAUGAAAACCCCGCACUCCAGAAGGUUCUAGAUGCACUGGGUCCCAUUAAGGCAAAGGGCACGCAGACUUCGUUUGCGGACUUUGACCCAUCCGUACUGCUUCCAGACUCUCUGGACUACUGGACAUAUGAUGGCUCCUUGACUACACCCCCUCUCCUGCAGAGCGUCACAUGGAUUGUCUGCAAGCAGCCAAUCAGCAUCAGCUCUGUCCAGAUGGAGGAAUUCCGCAACCUGCUCUUCUCAGCGGAAGGGGAACCAGAGCGCUACAUGGUGGAUAACUACCGCUCCCCGCAGCCUCUGAAAGGUCGCAAGGUCCGCGCCUCUUUUGAAUAAGAUGGCCGCGGCCUUUACCCUGCACCCCUGUUGCUGUAGUGAACCCCGCGUGCCUCAGUAGACACAGAUGGAGCCCACACGCCUGUCAUUUUAUUCUUUCACAACAAACCUCGCCUGCAGGAGCUCUCACUGAGAGAGUGCUGAUGUCUUUUUGAUUCUUGUCGCUCUGCAGUGCUGUCAUGCCUGGCAGAUCCUCCGCAGUCUUAAAAAGCAGGCCGAGAGUGAUUUUGCAUUCGGUUCCCAGCAUGCCCUGAUCCUGCUACCCAAAGACUCUGUCACAGCUAUCCAGUACAGUGGGGCCAUAGGCAGACAGUCCUGCCUACGGCACCAGUGGCCCUGGCCACUGGCCAUCUGCGACGGCUGUCGCCCACCGUGCCCGGCUGUAAGCUCUCUCUACUUACCUCAGGAUCACUGCAGCUUAGAACUCCCUGCAACACGAACUCUCAUUAUGGCAGAGUGACCUCGAAAUUUCCUCUGGUACACACACACACACACACAUGGUCCAGUACAUUGAGGCUGGAUUUCGCAGAGGAGAUUUUCUGUAGUACUGAUUCUAACGCUUAUACCUCAAAUCAUAAAAGCAAUUUGGUCUGUUUUGCAUUAGGCAGCUUGUCCAUUAACUCGACAUGAAUUGUGAUAUUAGCGAGGAAGCUUAGUGCGGGGUUAUGUUGAAUGAUUCCAUAACGAAUGUUUAUGAUCUGAUGCGAUUUCCCAAAUUAGCUGUAUGAUGCGCGGCUGUGUAUGAAGUGUGCUCCUAAAACUCAUCUCUUUACGUGAAACUGUGGGACCAGAGAAUUGUAUCUUGUAUGUUUUUGUGAAAAUGACUGGGGUUGAAUGAAAUGGAAACAUUUAGAUUCGAUAUAUAUACACACGCACACACACACACACACACACACACACACACACACACACACACACACACACACACACACACAGUCUGCUAUCCACUAUUUUGGGAAAAAAGAUAUUUUAAUUAAACGUAUUAUAUGUUUUGAAUCUCAUUUUAUUGUGUAUGUACAACUAUACUAAGCCACAUUAAACUUAAAUAGUUCAUCAUCA